GUUUUCUCAUCCUCCAAAUGAGAAAGCGCGAUCCUAAAUUUAACAAGGCCCAUUGCUUUCUUCAGCAGUGCAAGGGAUGGAAGGCCAUUGUACGAAAAUCACUGCAGCUGCACCACUCACAGAAGGUGCCAGUGAAGGUCAAACACAGAGAGGAAAAGCAAAGGGACUCCCUACCUGCUCGGCUGCACUGUCUUCCACUAUUUUUGUUUAUAUUCACUACCACCAACACAUUCACAUAGGUACGGC